GGUCGCAGUUGAUGUGAUGGCGGCAGAGUGAAUCGAACGUGAAUGGUGUCUUCGAAGGAGUUUGUCGCCAUCUAAAACUCGAUCAAAGCUAAAUUUUUACCCCGUGAACUGUCUAUAUCAUGCAGUAUUAGUUCAAUUGACUUGUAUCAUCUACUUUUCCACAGUUUGAAUCAAGCAAUUCUAGUACUUCCAUUUCAAAUAUCUUCGUGAAGUACUGCUUUCUGAUACAACAUGGAUAGUGAGAACAGCACUGGGAAGUCUCGUCCCAAAAGUCAACGAAACUUGUACUUGGAAUCCAGUCAAAGGCUACCCAAUCUCAGCAAAAUAAGAUCAAGUAAUUUUGAAAUGGCUGUGAUGUCUCCCAUGACUAACUUGGUGCAUAACCUGAGCGGUGCCAGCCUGGACUCAACUCCAAAAAGAAGAUUCUUAUCUCAUGAUAACUUGGACGCGGACAUGGAAACCAUCGUAGGCUCAAAAGGAUCACUAGCUCUCAGCAGCGGUGAAUUACUGGAUUCGCUGAAUGAGAAAGAAAACAGCUACACUUCAAUUCGAUCCUUUGCUGACGCCGUUGGUUCUCCAGAGAAGACCAAGAGCUCAGAGGAUUUUCUGAGUAGACGUAGUCCCCGCAGACUAGCUCUUACCCGUCUCGACGUCAACAGCCCUAUCAAAGGCCGUGUCGACAGCAGCAGUCCCAUAAAGUCGAGCUUCGCUAAGCCAACUCAGCCCGUGUCUUCUGGUAUAUCUUCGACACGCCUUCCUAGUAUAGAAGAUGUUGACUCUCAAGACAGUGGCUGCUUUCCAGAAGAUUCCAAAUACUUCAAGUACCCAGAGCCCCUCUUUCACCGUCGCAUUUCAGACCGCAACACUAGCCCUGCUUCUAUCCGCUCCAAUGGUAGUUCCCUGAGUGCUGGUGGUUCACAAAAGUACGACGGUCCAGCUAAACUGGACUUCAGUUUCAUGUCUAACGGGGAUGAUGAGGGAAUCCCCGACGAGUUGUAUGAGGAGGAAGACCAGGGUUUACCCAACUCGGUUUCACUGAGUCAGCUGAUUGCUACCCCGCUUAGCGAGCGUGCCACUAGACAGUUCAGUCAUGAAGACAGUCUGUCUCCUCCAGCCUUCAGCGUCGCCAAGACUAAGGUUGACGAAUCUAUGGGCCACAAUGAAUUCCUCCGUGUCCCCAAAGAAGCUGCAGUCGUCGAAAAGUUCGGCCGACCAUCAUUCCGGCGGUCACAAUCCAUGUUCGACCAGACUACCCCUACCACGCGCAAUGUGUGCUAUGAUUCUCCUUUGAAUCAGUCUCCUGUAGCCCGUGGCCUGUUCCUCCAGGAUGAAGACUCUGGAUCGAGCCCCCUCCCCCCUCUAGGCCUACAUGCCUUGAGAUUGCGUAUGCAGCCCUCACGAGUAAUUCAGCCGGUUGGAGGUCCCCCAUUCAAGAGGAGUGAGCCCUCGUCUUCCGUAGACUCGGCUGUCCAACAGCAGGAAAACAAAAGGCGGAAGGACGACAAUGACGACCGGCCCGUGUUCACAAGUUUGGAUCACAAUGUCGGGAACAACAACAAAACGGUGGCUCUAUCGAAACUACCCCAUCGUAUCCAGAGAUGCCAUUCCGAGACGGAAGCGACUAUUAUGCGCGCCCUUCAACGAUCUACGGAAGAGCCUGACCUCAUCGGAGAUUUUACCCGACCCUUUGCACUACCGCUGACGCCAGGAAAACAUCAGGAUUUAAAAUGUAUUACGCCGCAGACCUUGGUAGAUUUGAUCAACGGCAAAUUCCAGGAUUACGUAGAAAAAUAUACCAUCAUUGAUUGCAGAUAUCCGUAUGAGUACGAAAACGGCCAUAUCAGCGAUGCCGUCAAUUUGUGGACCAAAGACAUGGUUUGGAGUGUCUUCAUGGAGGGUAGAAGACAUCAAGCCCCUACGACCACCCACGAUCAGGAGAAGAAGAGGGACAUCCUCAUUUUUCACUGUGAAUUCUCUUCGGAGAGAGGCCCAGCUCUCUCUCGGUAUUUGCGUAACAAGGACCGUGAUGACAACAAGGACAAUUAUCCGGCCCUUCACUGGCCCGAGGUCUAUUUGCUCCACGGUGGCUACAAGGCCUUCUACGAGCAAUUUGACCAGCUGUGCGAACCCAGAAGCUACCUGCCCAUGAACCAGCAGGGUCACGAAGAGGACCUGCGCAGGUGCCGAGCUAAAACCAAGUCUUGCAACGGCGAAGGCAAAUCGGGCCGACCGUUAACAAAAUCUACCUCUCGACGAUUAGAAUUGCUUUAAUGUUCAUUUUU